UGCUUAUGUGGAAGUGCCCCAUGCCUGCUCUGCCGAUGCUGCCCCAGUGGAAACAACUCCACCAUAACUCGUCUGAUUUAUGCAUUCUUUUUACUUCUUGGUGUGAGCGUUGCCUGUGUGAUGUUAAUACCAGGCAUGGAAGAGCAGCUGAAGAAGAUUCCUGGAUUUUGUGAUGGAGGGAUGGGGACAACUAUUCCUGGUGUUCAUGGCCACGUGAAUUGCGAUGUACUAGUUGGUUACAAAGCUGUGUACCGUGUGUGUUUUGGUAUGGCCAUGUUCUUCCUGCUCUUCUCCUUAUUGAUGAUCAAAGUGAAAAGCAGCAACGACCCAAGAGCAGCAGUGCACAAUGGAUUCUGGUUCUUUAAAUUUGCAACAGCACUUGCAAUUAGUGUUGGAGCUUUCUUCAUACCAGAGGGACCAUUUACAACUGUGUGGUUUUAUGUAGGCAUGGCUGGAGCAUUCUGCUUUAUUCUUAUUCAGCUGGUCUUGCUUAUUGACUUUGCCCACUCCUGGAAUGAGUCUUGGGUUGAAAAAAUGGAGGAAGGAAACUCAAGAUGCUGGUAUGCAGCUCUGCUGUCAGCUACAGCUGUCAAUUAUCUGCUGUCUCUAGUAGCUAUUGUCUUGUUUUAUGUUUAUUACACUCAUCCAGAAGGUUGUUCUGAAAACAAGACAUUCAUCAGUGUUAAUAUGCUGCUGUGUAUUGGUGCUUCUAUAAUGUCAAUUCUGCCAAGGAUUCAGGAAUCUCAGCCAAGAUCUGGUUUGCUGCAGUCUUCUGUGAUCACAGUUUAUACAAUGUAUUUGACUUGGUCAGCUAUGACCAAUGAACCAGAUAGGCGCUGUAACCCAAGUUUGCUGAGCAUCAUUGGUUACAACAGCACCACCAUUCCAACCCAAGGUCAGGUGGUUCAGUGGUGGGAUGCACAAGGAAUUGUAGGACUGGUUUUGUUUUUGCUGUGUGUUCUCUAUUCAAGCAUCCGAACAUCCAACAACAGCCAAGUUAACAAGCUGAUGCUGACCAGUGAUGAAUCAACACUGAUAGAGGACGGAAUGCCCAGGAGUGACGGCUCCCUUGAUGAUGGAGAUGAUGUUCACCGAGCCAUUGAUAACGAGAGGGAUGGAGUUACUUACAGCUAUUCCUUCUUUCACUUUAUGCUUUUCCUGGCAUCACUGUAUAUCAUGAUGACACUCACCAACUGGUACAGUCCGGAUUCUUCUUAUGAGACAAUGACCAGCAAAUGGCCGUCUGUCUGGGUGAAGAUAUCUUCCAGCUGGAUUGGCAUUGUGCUGUACGUGUGGACUCUGGUUGCUCCACUGGUUCUUACAAACCGUGACUUUGACUAAGCUGUGCUGCUCUCUAGGGAUAUUGUGCUAGCUUCACCGUGUCUUUGAAACAAACAGUAUUCCAGAUAAUAGUGCAGUUGUAAAUACAUGUGUGUGGGUGCGUGUGUGUGCGUGUGCUGUCCAUGUAGUACGCCCUGCUUUAUUCUGCAUGGUUACCUUGAAUCACGUCUUUUGUCAAUUCACUAAAUGACUUUUUCUAGCUGAGCUCAGUGAUGAUUGCUAUAAUGAUGGUUUUCAUAGGAUUAUUCCUAGAUCCGAGUGCUUCAGGAGCAUUAGUUGUAAGAUCAAGACCUUUGGAAGUAGGUUUUUUUCCCCUCAAUUGCAUUAAAUAGUUGUAGGAAAAAAAUGCAAGUG